AUGGCGGAACUCGCAGCUCUUAGUGUCGCUGCUAGCAUUCUUCAAGUUAUCGAUAUCAGCGUUAGAGUCGCUGAGCGUCUCAAUGAAUAUCGCAAGAAAGAGGACAGUCUGCCGGAUGCGCUCAAACAUGUCAGCACUCGACUACCUGUUUUUGUUCUUGCGCUUCGAAAUACGAAUGCAAAAAUCGAGAAUCUGACAGACGAUGCAAGGAGGGCAUUGAAGCCCGCGAUUGAGGAGUGUUUUGAUCAAAUUAAGAAGCUGGAGACAAUAAUUGACAAGGUUUUGUUCAAGCCUGGCGAUGGAGGAGCCAUACGUGGGUGGAAGUCUAUUGUAAGCGUGAAAUACGACAGCGAUGUGAGCGAGGCGGACAAAGUCAUUCGAAGAUACAUCGAGGCGAUGCAUUAUGGGCUGUCAAACGUGACACCACCUUCGGCCAAUGAGAUUUCUUCACCACAACCGACAAGCACUUGUCCAUUCGAGCGAGAAGCAGACUUCGUGGAGCGAGGCGUGAUUAUCAGCGUCGACGAUGCUUCACCCAUACCACAGAUUCGCAACUUCAUUACCACUUCGACAAGAGGGUCUGUUCUCGUUACAUCAAGGAAUACUGAGGCUGCGCAGAUGAUUACUGGAAACUGCGCAUACCACAUCGAUGUGGAUGAGAUGAAUGAAUCUGAAGCGAUUGCUCUGCUGAAGAAGAAACUCAACAGCAAAGUCACUUAUACCGAAGCUGAAGCUGCGGAGCUUGUUAAGACGGUCGACUUCAUGCCACUAGCAAUAUCUCAGAUUGCGACAAACAUCAGCAUAAACUACCCACGCCUCACAAUUUCGAAAGCUAUUGAGAGGAUCCGGACGCCGAGUGAAGAAACAUCGCUCAUGGCCGGACUUGUGCUCACAUACAUGACCAACGAGCGUGUUGAACAGGCUACGGCGAUCCAUCGACGAGUGCACGGUAUACGGAAAGAAGCUUACGGCGAAGAAACUGAUGACGCAUACCAUGGUUUGCGUGCCUUAGGCGCUUUGCUCAACAUGCAAGGCAAAGCUGCCGAAGCCGAGGAUAUACAUCGUCGGGUUGUGGACUACAGGUCGAAAAGAUCUGGAUUUGACCACUCGGAGACAAUCAAAAGUGUGAAUUUUCUGUGCGGAGCGCUCAUUAAGCAACGCAAGCUCGAGGAGGCGGUAACGCGAUACCGUAGCGUCAUCGACUUAUAUACCGACCUUGACGAGAAGGCACGGCAUGAAGCCUUGCUGACCAUGAACAGCCUCGCUGAAACGCUUAUUCAACAAGGCCACCUCGAAGAAGCGGAAACUGUCUGCCGCCGCCUCGUUUUAGAGAGCGAAAGACUCCUAGGAGCUGAUGACUGUGAUACAUUGGUCGGCGUUCAUACACUUGCAGACAUCCUCGCCAAGCAAAACCGAUAUGAAGAGGCUCUAACAUCAUAUGAGCGGGCUUACGUCGGUACUGAGAAGCGUUGUGGCGCGGGUCACCCUGACACGAAGGAAUUUCUGGAGGACUUCAAUCAUGCGAAGAAGAAUAUACCCGUGUAG